CUGGGGGUGCAGGGUGGGAUUCCCUCGGGAUCCUGGGGACACUGCGGGUGCAUAGUUGGGGCUCCAGAGUGAUCCUAGGGAAGGCUGCGGGCCCUUUGGGUAUCCCCGGAGAGGCUGGGGAGGAGAUCAACGGGCAUAAGGAGGAGCGAGGACUGUGUGGCAGUGCUGGCCGGGGACACCCUGCGGUGUCGCUGUCCCCUCGGGGCCGGUUUGGGCCGGGGGGUCCCUGGAGGACUGAGCCCGCGCGCGUUCCUCCCGCCCGCCAGGGAGCGCUCGCGGCCCCGGCCCCGCCGCAGCUGGCGCAGCACUGACGUCACCAGCGCGACUGCCCUGAUGGCGGGCGAGCGGCGGCGGCGCGGCGGGGAUGGACCCCGGGAACGGCCCCGGGAGCGGCUCCGCGACCCGAAACUGCGGCAACAGCAAAAGCCACCGCGAGGCUCCGGGCGGGGCCGGACGGCGCUGGCGCUUACAGCGGCGGCGGCAGCGCUGGCGCUGGCUCUGGCGGCGGCGGCUGCCGGAUGGAAGCGGUGGAGCGAAGCCUCCCGCCUCGUCACCCCCCACCCCGCGCCCCCCGCCGUCCCCCCUGGCUCCACCGGGCCGCUCGCGUCGCCCACCUAUUUCUGGGGCACGUACCGGCCUCACGUGUACUUCGGGAUGAAGACGCGGAGCCCGCGCGCUGUCGUGACCGGACUGAUGUGGCUCCAACACGGCGGCAACUUGCGGCACACGAGCGAGCAGAACAACGGCGUGUCGCGAUAUGGGUGGCUGAUGCACGACGGGGAGAAUUUCGGAGUGCAGGAGAUCCGCGAUGAGGGGCUGCUGCUGAGAACCGAGUUCGUGAAGCAGCCGGGGGGAGACCAUGGCGGCGACUGGAGCUGGCGGGUCACAGUGAAGACGGAGGGCAAAGGCCCGGCCCCUCUCCUGUCCCUCUUCUUCUACGUGGCCACGGACGGGCAGGGGACGCUGCGGCCGGUGCUGGAGAACGGGACGCGGCUGGCGGCCGUGGCAGGGACGGCAGAGGAGCUCGGGGACUUCACUGUCACCUUCCUGCCCCCCACGGGGGAGGGCGGGGAGGGUCCCAAGUACGCCAGUUACAACUUCCUGGCCGCGGGGGUGCCGGGGCUGCACCGUCUCACCGACCUGGUCCGGCACAGCCUCCGCGAGAGCUCCGUGUUCUCCCCACCGGGCCGACCCCGCCGCCGCUUUUUCGGGGUGUCCAGCGCUGGGGGGCUGCCUGGGGAGCCCCCGCGGGGGCAGCUGCUGCUGCACCAGGUGACGCUGGAGCCGCCGGCCGCGCUGGAGGUGACGCUGGAGUCGGGCAGCGCGGGCGGCGCGGCGCGCGCGGCGCUGGCCCGGCACGCGGCCGCCUUCGAGCGGCGCUUCGAGGACACCUUCGGGCUGGGGGCGCGCGGGGUGUCCCUCCCGCAGCGUCGCUUCGCCCAGGCCGCGCUCAGCGAGAUGCUGGGCGGCAUCGGCUUCUUCCACGGCCGCUCCCUGCUGCGCUCGGAGCACCGGGAGGAGCCGGUGCCCGGCAUGGAGUCCGUGCUGUUCACGGCCGUGCCCUCGCGCUCCUGCUUCCCGCGCGGCUUCCUGUGGGACGAGGGCUUCCACCUGCUGCUGCUGGCCCGCUGGGACCCCGCGCUGGCCCGCGACAUCCUCGCCCACUGGCUCGACCUCCUGAACGCCGACGGCUGGAUCCCGCGGGAGCAGAUCCUGGGGGAGGAGGCGCGGUCCCGGGUGCCCCCCGAGUUCGUGCUGCAGCACAGCGAGACGGCGAACCCCCCGACGCUGCUGCUGGCGCUGGAGCGGCUGCUGCCCGACGCGCCCCUGCCCUACCUGCGCCGCCUCUCCCCGCGCCUCCGCGCCUGGUUCGAGUGGCUGAACCGCACCCAGGCCGGCCCCGAGCCCCUGACCUUCCGCUGGCGCGGCCGCGACCCCGACCCCGAGCGCUUCCUGAACCCCAAGACUCUGUCGUCGGGGCUGGACGAUUACCCCCGCGCCUCCCACCCGUCCGCCCAGGAGCGGCACCUGGACCUGCGCUGCUGGAUGGCGCUGGGCGCCCGCGUGCUGGCGGCGCUGGCCGAGCGCCUGGGCGAGCCCCCCGCGCCUUACCGCGACAUGGCCGCCGCCCUGAGCGACAACGACCUGCUGGACCGCCUGCACUGGGCGCCCGAGCUGGGCGCCUUCGCCGAUUUCGGCAAUCACAGCGCGGCCGUGGCUCUGCGCUGGCACCGCCCGGCGCCCGUGCCCGGCGGGCCCCCGCCGGCCCCGCAGCUGCGGCGGGAGGUGCGGGAGGCGCCGCGGCCGCGGUUCGUGGGCGCUUUGGGCUACGUCAGCCUGUUCCCGCUGCUGCUGCAGCUGCUGCGGGCGGACUCCCCGCGGCUGCCGGCGCUGCUGGGCUCCAUGCGCGGCGAGAAGCAGCUGUGGACGCCCUUCGGGCUGCGCUCGCUGGCCCGCGACAGCCCCAUGUACCUGCGCCGCAACACCGAGCACGACCCGCCGUACUGGCGCGGCUCCGUCUGGGUCAACAUCAACUUCCUGGCGCUGCGGGCGCUGCGCGGCUACGCGCGGGCGGCGGGGCCGCACCGGGAGCGCGCGGCGCAGCUCUACCGGGAGCUGCGCCUCAACCUCGUGGCCAACGUGUUCCGGCAGUACGAGGCCACCGGCUUCCUGUGGGAGCACUAUCGGGACAGCGACGGCGCCGGGCAGGGUUGUCACCCCUUCGCCGGCUGGUCCGCGCUCGUUGUGCUGGCCAUGGCCGAGGACUAUUGAUGUGGGGGGGUCUCUGUGCCCCCUGCCUGCCUGGCGUGCUCAGGGCCGGGGGAGGUGUUGGGGGGCUGUGCCAGAGCCCCCCUGCCUCCCCUGCAAUAAACCUCCGUGAGCGUAGCCUC